UCGAAUGUUCCAUCGGACGGGUGGGAUUGGUACUUCUUGUGCCCUUCGCCUUACCUAGCCCAAAAUAGUGAGCGUGUGAAAAGGAAGACAAGGAGCGGUAAUUGGAAGAUUACGAGCCAAAGGGAUGAUAUCAAAACCCGAAGCACCAGGGUUGUAAUAGGCACGAAAAGGAUUUUGACCUUUUACAAAAGUCGAGUUAAGACUGGAUGGGUCAUGCAUGAAUAUCACCUUAAUCCCGAACUUCUCGAUGGAUACUCAUCAACCCUCCAGAUACCAUAUAUUCUCUGUCGCCUGAAGAGGAAACCAAGUGAAAGCUUGGAUAUUUCCCCAAGCUUCGAAGGAGGUUCGAGUGUAACCGACGAUGCACCAGUUGCUUCUCAACACGAGUCAGUAGAAGACGCAGAUCAUGAGUCAUCGUAUCAAGCAACUCUAGAAUCACUCUCCCAAUUAGAGAUGCUCGAUGACAACCCACCGAACUACUACUCGCAUUACUCUUACGACCCACAGCCCUAUGUUUACGGCAACGGCCAGGGAAAUGAUUUCUUUGAUCAUUGGAGCUGAAGAAUCACCACUAUAUGCUCUUCAACAACGUGGCUUUUUGCAGGAUCUUCGUGUUAGAGAGUUUUCAUGUCCUGUAAGCGUGGUGUGUUUUGUGUGCCUUUGUGUAAUUUGAGAACUACUGUAUUGCAUAAUCUGUAAUGGGCUUGUGCCAACCAGAUAGUAUCACUAAAUUGCGGAUACGA